AUGGUCUUCAUGACAAUCGGUCUCUGCGGUUCCAUCACGCAUAUGAGCGCUGCUCGGAACGACAACGCUAGCUUGUUGAUGGCAUACCUCGCAUGGGGAUUUGGCGUCAUGACGGCCAUUUACAUCGCUGGUGGCAUCUCUGGCGCCCACAUGAACCCAACGAUUUCACUUGUGCUGGCAGUGUUCCGUGGCUUCCCCUGGCACGACUUCUGGCAAUACCUUAUCGCUCAGCUCCUCGGCAGCAUAGCAGCUUCUGGGAUUGCCUAUGGGCUGUAUCGUGAUGCAAUUGCCGACUUUGCCGGAUCUAACAUGUCCAUCGCAGGCCCCGCAUUCUGGACAGCACCACGGCCCGGCCUUAGCUCGGCCGCAGCGUUUUUCAACGAGUUCGUGGCGACCGCCAUUCUAGCUGGGUCUGUCUUGGCGAUGGGAGACGACGGAAAUGCACCACCUGGGGCAGGCAUGGCGGCGUUUGUUCUCGGUUUGCUGACGAUUGCGUUGGAGAUGGCAUUUAGUUACAACACGGGUACUUGUCUCAACCCUGGACGUGACUUGGGUCCGCGACUCGUAACAUGGUGGGCUGGAUUUGGUAGUGUGCCCUUCACACUUGGUCACCAUUGGUUCAUCUGGGGACCGUGGAUCAGUACUGUUCUGGGUGGACUCUUCGGCGCCUUCAUUUACGAUUCUAUGAUCUUCAUUGGGGGCGAGAGUCCUGUGAACUACCCCUCUGAAGCGAUUCGGGACCGUUUUCGCCCUGGCCUGUGGCCCGAUUUGCGGGGAAAGUCGAGGACGGGAGGAGGGAAUGAUAAACAGGGGGAUGCUAUCGGCGAUAAGGACAUUGGGGUAUGA